AUGAGCAUGGAAGAGGAUGAUGUCCAAGCACAUCUCAAAGCUUCAAUAUGGGAUACGGUUUCAGAAUUGGUAGAUCAGGAAACAAAGGGUUUGGGGAUAUCCGCCACCCCCACUUUCAUAGCAGCACUUGUGCAACUUGUUUUUGAUCAAUUGCUUUCUGUGGGAGAGGAUUUAAAAGCUUUUGCAGACCAUGCUGGAAGGAGAACCAUAGUGCCUGAUGAUAUGUUUAUGGUUACAAGAAAAAAUGGUCAGUUGACUGAGUUGUUAAAGAAUCACUACCUGUUAUUGUUAUCAGAAAAGAAAGGACGCCAAGAGGAAGAAUACCACGAAGCACAUGGUCAUUCCUCUUACAAGGAUAAUCAAGAUCGUAAAUUGGAAGAUAGUACAGUGGUGGAUUCCAGGAAAAAGUCAACAGAGAACAAUAGAGGUGACUUUGAUGACGAUAGUGAUGAAUUCGAUGAUGAUUUGGAUUUGGAGCCAAUUCAGCGACCAUCCAAGCGAUAA